GCGCCCGGUUCCGAGCACCCCCUUCCCUGAGGUCCCCCGCGGUGGGUGCGUGACGCUCCCGCGCCCUGCCGCCCGCCGCGGCCUCCCCGCGCCGGCAUGGAGGCGGAGGACACGCGUGGCGCCGUCCCCGCGCUUGUCGCCGAGCCGCGGCUCGCCCAGCGGCUCAGGGAGUAUCUGGAAGGGGAGCAGAUCCUGGACGUUCGCUACCGGCUGCAGAAGAUGCCGGGCGGCUGCGUGGCCCUGCCUGUGCUGGGAGAGAAACUCACAGAGCAGCACCUGCGGGUGCUGCGGAACAGCGGGACUGCGGAGGGGCCCUGCAGGCUGACCCGCCUCCAGGACCCCGUCCCCUCCAAGGCAGCCGGUGUGCGGACGCCUGCCCAGAAGCUGUGCCACGAGCUGCGGCGGUUGGUGGUGGGCUCGGGCGAGAGCUGGUCGGAGGAGCUGGAGCGCGAUGUGCCCCGCUCUUGGCAGCGGCAUGGAGACCUCAUCUUGCUGAGCGAGGACAACUUCAGCGCUGCGCUGUGGGAGAAGCUAGGCCCAGUGCUCUGGGAGACGGUCGCUUCGGCUCUGGGUGCCCAGCGCGUGGCCAGGCGAGGGCGGGUGUCGCCAGGUGGGAUGCGGUUCCCCAGUGUGACCCUGCUGCUGGGCCAGGACGGCUGGGUGGAGCACAUGGACAACGGGAUCAGGUACAUGUUUGAUGUGACCAAGUGCAUGUUCUCCCCGGGCAACAUCACGGAGAAGCUGCGGGUGGCCUCGCUGCCCUGCUCCGGGGAGGUCCUGGUGGAUCUCUAUGCAGGGAUCGGCUAUUUCACGCUGCCGUACCUGGUUCACGCGGCGGCCGCCUUUGCCCAUGCCUGCGAGUGGAACUGCCACGCCUUGGAGGCCCUGAGGAGGAACCUGGCACUGAACGGCGUGCAGGACCGCUGCCGCAUCCACCCCGGGGACAACAGGCAGCUGGAGCUGCGGGACGUCGCUGACCGUGUGAACCUGGGGCUGAUUCCCAGCUCCGAGGAAGGCUGGCCUGUGGCCUGCCGCGUCCUGAAGAAGGACACGGGCGGGGUGCUCCACAUCCACCACAACGUGGAGGCUCUCCCCGCAGCAGCCCACCAGCAGCCUGCAGUUUCAAGGGAUGAGCAGAGACUGACAGAGGAAGCCGGCUCCGUCGGGCGGGAGGACAGAGAGAGGGAACGCCAGAGCCCAAAGGACACGGAGAACUGCAGAAAGGAGACGCGGGUGGCCAGGGUCCGGCCUGAGUGGCAGAGGUGGGCUGAGGCCACUGCGAUGCGGAUACGAGGGCUGCUGGAAGAGCUGCACGGGCAGCCAUGGAGGACCAGCAUCCUGCACAUUGAGGCAGUGAAAUCCUACGCACCCCAUGUGCAUCAUGUGGUGCUGGACCUUGAGUGUCGCCCGACGUGCCCUGCGUAGCUGGCCAUGAGGUGCUGGCGUGGCUCGAGGUUGGGGGAAACGGCAGCGUUAGUGUUGGCCGGCAGGGAGAUGCUGCAGUUGUCUCCAGGGUGCUGACUCGGGGCAGCAAGGGCAGGGGACAGUUCCCCGACAGCUCUGGGUUGGGGAAGGCUGCCAUUCUGUGCAGAGAUGUCUGUCUGCCCUUUUUGCAUCCCCUUGCUCCCAGGUGCCAGCACUGCCCCACAGCAAGCUGGGCCCCGCCGUCCCUGGCUUCUCGCACUGCCUGGGACAGCAAUGUCUGCUCCAAAGGGAACGCCGCUCGGUAGGAACCGAUGGGAGCCGUUUCGUGGCCAAGAAGGGAGCUCAGCUGGGGCUGAGAGCGCUCCGAGUCCUUCCCCGGCUCUGCCUGCUGCUGCUCGGAGCUGGGGCAUCCGAUGGGAGCCUGCACUGCUCUUGCCUCUCCCCUGGACGCUAGCUGGCACUUUCAGCCUGUGUCUCAUACAGAGGAGAGCUGCAGAGCCAAAUAAACCUCUGCAUUUGUGCAGCCUUCAGAGCA